AGGAGCCUGUAAAAGAAACUCGAGGUUUAUUGAAGAAAACCUGCUCCCGACCAGGUUAGGUUCACAGGCCCAGUUAACGUAGCUACUGACCCUGAGGUUUAGUUACCUCCCUUUCUGAAACAAACAACCCAGAGUUUACCUUAUCUCAGGGUUAAUUUACUCUGCGUUUUCACUAAACCUGAUUUCCCCUGGUCUCAACGAAGAGUCAUAUUUCUAUCUCCUUCAAGAAUUACAACCUCCGACCUCGGAAGUUCGAACUUCCCAUUUGCCUCUGAACGCAGCGCCGCAGCGCUUCCGGAUGCCGCUCGUUUAAAGAGCUCACCGAGCCCUCCCUCCGGGCGGCCCGGCCGUGAUGUGAGAUGUAUCCGCCCUUCCGUCGAGAGGAAGCUCGCACUGAAGUAGAGAAAUCCGAGUGUUAAUGAGGCGUUUUAACAGCGCGUCGCACGGAAACUCUGCGUCCCCUCAGACUCCAAUCAUCUGCGUUUGGCGACUUAAACGCGGACGGGGAAAAUAGAUCUGACGGAACAGAAAGCGGCGGACGACCGAAAAACAAUCGGUGUGUAAGCCGUGUUUUGGCAUGGCUGAUCUCCUGAGGCUGCUGCUCCGGGUCGCCGAGAAAGCGGCCGACGUGGCUCGGGUCUGCAGGCAGGAGGCUCCUCUGUUUCAGCUGCUCGUCCAAGAGAAGACCGGAGACGACAAGAACAAGAAGUUCGUCCAGGACUUCAAGACGCUUGCUGACGUGGUGAUCCAGGAGAUGAUCCGGCAUGACAUCGGCGUUCAGUUCCCUGAGAUGGAGGGCUUCAUUCACGGAGAGGAGUCCAACAAGUUUGAAAAUGGGCUUGGGGAGAGCGUGGCGGUCACGGUGUGCGGCACGCAGCAGGAGACCGCAGCGCUGCUGGCCACGGUGCUGGACGGGAACCACACAGCGGCGUCUCUGCUGGCGCGAGCCAUCCACCAGGACCCGGCGACCAUCGACGCCCACACGGACAGUCUGACGGUGCCCCUCAGCCCCUCAGAGCUCGGCAUCUGGAUCGACCCCAUAGAUGCUACCAGCCAGUACAUAGAGGGCAGGGAGGAGGUGCUGGAGGAAGGCCGCCUGGCUCCCUCAGGGCUCCACUGCGCUUUGGUCCUAAUCGGGGUUUAUGUCCGGAGCACAGGCGAGCCCGUCAUGGGCGUCAUCAACCAGCCGUUCAACCACAAAGACCCAGCAGGUGGAGGCUGGAGGGGCAAGCAUUUCUGGGGGGUUUCCUGUGGCAGCAUCAACGUCUGCUCGGUGUCCCGGCCAGAAGCUGCACCAGGACCGGGGCUGUCUGUGGUGCUGAGCUCCAGCGAGAAGCCUGUGGUCAAGGAAGCCCUGAGCUCUCUGUGCGGCCCUGACAAGCUGAUGUACGCCUCCGGAGCCGGCUACAAGAUCCUGUGCGUCAUUCAGGGCCUGGCCGACGCCUACGUCCUCUCCGAGGGGAGCACCUUCAAGUGGGACUCGUGCGCUCCUCACGCGCUGCUCCGAGCCCUCGGAGGGGGCGUGGUGGACCUGGCCGAGUGUCUGCGGACCGAUCACCUGAUGGAACUGACCUAUCAUCAGCCCGACACCGAGUGCAAAGGAGCGGAGCGCUGGGCCAACCGCGGCGGCCUGGUGGCCUAUCGAGACUGUUCUCAGCUCCGCAGCGUCAUCGCACCUCUGAGGGACAAGCUGUAGUUGAAAGAGCAGUGGGAUGCUAUUGCUGCGUAUAUCAUCAUAUUCAUUCUAGAUUACUAGAGAAAGGGUGGUGCACAGGUUGAAAUAUUUUAAAUAUAAACAAUACUGUCUUGUUUUUAAGCAGAUGUAUGUGUAACUAUUACAGGACCAACAUCUGAUCUGGGCCAAAUAAUGCUUUUUAAAUAAUGUAUGUUUAUUUUCAGUUUAGAAAGAUUUGUCCAGAGAGCCAAGUUAAGGAUGAGAAAUAAAGUCUUCAGGAACAAAGAAAACAAACAGGUGAUGCUCAUCAAAUAUGAAGGCGGCUGUUUUGCUCUGUUAAAUCAAUAUAGAAAGAAAACCGAGAAAAGAAUGCUGAUGUUCUCAGUAUUUGUAACCAGCUGAUAAAAGUUCUGACUAUCAAUGCGUCCUGGAGGUCAAGGUGACAGAAAAAUAGUUUUGCAACCACUGAUCUUCAGUAAAAAUAAGCGUUAUUAAGUCUAUUUCACCGAUGACUAAGCUGCGAUUAUUUGUUUUAUGUAACACAGACCCAAAAUGCAUUCAUUAAAUAUACUUUGUGACAGUG